UCAGUGAUUCGCUAUAUUGUAAGUUACAUUACAGUGGUCUCAAGGCAGUCUAAGUUAUAUUAAUGAAACAUGUUAAAUUAUGCUACUCAUGCACAAUUUUAAAACAGGUAUGACAACAGGGUUUGAAACUUGCUAAGUAUAUUUUGUAGGAGUAUAACCUGCUUUAACUUUUAGGUAGCUUAUGGUGGAUAAGUAUGUUAGCACUGAAGUGGGGGUAGAGACUAUGUGGACUCAUGUGAGACCCCUAUAGAGGUUCGCAAUACACGAGUGUGAGUCCCAAACUAAAAAAUGAAAGGGAAGGAGAAAAAAAAAAAAAAAACUGCAUAGCAUAACGUCUCCUAAAGUCCAGGCUGUUGGGGCUGCACUGCCACAGUUUGGGGUCAACAAUUUGGCGGGUCCAGCCAGUGCCGGUGUGCAGGAAAGCAAUGCACUGUGUCUUGCCAGUCUGGGGGCAAACGCAGUCAUGAGAGUUCCUCUGGGGUAUGGGGGGGAAAGAGGUAUUGGGCACUGUGCCUAAUAUUAAGUCCCCUUCUUAAGGUGAGUCAUCUGAUGUCUAGUUGGGGGUAGAUGUGCUCCCCUAGCGCCGACAGUUGCAGCGGUGAUGUGUGACAACGCCCGAGUGUUCAGGUGGUAAUUGCUGCGUAAGUGUCUUUCUGGGUACCUUGUGGCACAAAUGGGGUGACGUUGGCUGGGUCCCAUCUGCUAAUCGAGGGGCCUUGUUCUCUUUUUCCACGUUGUUGCAAUAUGUCUGCUGGGAGGCCCAAGGUUUGCAGGAGUGCUGCUGCUUUUGCAUAUCUUGCACGGAGUAUACGGUAUCCCCUUGCUGUAUGUGCAGCUUUCGUGGCGGGCGCCACUGGUAGCGUAUGUCGUGCUCCCGGAGUAGGGUGGUGAAUGGCCUCAUCGUUCCCCUCCAUUGAAGGGUGUCUCCCGUGAGAUCCGCAUAAAAAGUGAGGGUCAUGUUUUCAAAAGCAUAGGGGCCUUUCCCCUGGAGUGCCGCUAGUACCAUCGCUUUGUCCGCUCGGCUGCGGAACUUCACCACCAGGUCCCGGGUCGCUGUGGCUGGGGCUUUCCGGGGUUUGGGUAUGCGGAAGACCCCCUCUGGCACCACGUUUUUGGCCCUUUUGGGUGUUAGAAGGGCCCCCAGUAAUCUCCGAAGCAGAUGAGGUAGUUCGUCUGUCGGCACCUCAUCUGGUACUCCUCUUACUUUGAGGUUAUUUCGGCGCCUUUCAUCCUCCAGCAUUGCGAAGCGCUGGUCCGUUAGGCCCUGUUGUUUUUUAAGUUCAGCCAUUUCGCCCUGGAGCUCGGUUAUGGCGCGGUUCGCGGCCUCUGCCGAGGUUUCCACCUUGCCCAGGCGGCACAUCAUGUUUUUAAGGUCAGUGCGGAGUAAUGCCACGUCGGCCUGGAUGAUUUUUUGGAGGUCCCCCAGCAUUGCUUUGAGAGUUGCCUCCGUCACAGGUGCUGAGGUAAGUGGUCCCGGCCGUGGCUGGGGUGGUUGAGGCAGCCCCACGAUGCUUUCAUCCAGAGACAGAUCCUCCGAGGAGUCAGUCAGUCCUCCGAGGUCGGCGGCCAUCUUGGGUCCGCAUGCACCCUGUGCUUGUCGGAACAUUUCUCCUAUAGUCAUGCCCGGCCGGAGCUUGUCCGACUUCUGCUUCUUUGCCUUCCUGCCCAUGGUCAGCUUGGGGUCAGUUUCGGCGUUUUCCCUUUAAUUGUGGGGAUCUUAAAUCAGCCUUAGUCAGUAUCGCUCACGGAGCUCAGUUCACAUGCGUCCGUCUUGUUCAGUUGCUCGGCUCCGCCCCUGUAUUGAUUUUUAAUGUAUGGCUGUUAACAAUUCUCUCAUGGAUUUGCCUUAAUUAGUCUUCUAACCAGCAACAUUUUGAUUGAUUUACAAUAUGCUGUGCAGUAUUUCAAAGGUGUUCCAUUAUCCGGAUUAUCCUAUAUGUUUUUCUUACACUUGCACGUGUUUUGUGUUUAAUAUUUUGUUUUAUAGAAGUAUGUGUCCUAGAUGUCAGUUUAAUUCCCCAAUUAAUUGUCUUGCUAACUAAAAUCUUUAAUUUUAAUUAAGGAAAAACUGCUCUCCUUUUCUUACGAUGCUUGCGGGAUUAAACCUCUCUCCAGAUUUCCUAUGAAUGAGAAGUAUUUGACUGGACCUAAAGGGGCACAAUAGUCACCAGAACCACAACAUCAAGGUUGAUGAUCUCAGCCAAUCCAAUGCUCCCAUUGGGAGCGCAUGCACAAUGCACUUUGCCAAUCCGCAUCUCCUCAUAGAGAUUCAUUGAAACAAUGUAAUGCAUCUCUAUGGGGAGAAUUCUGGGUCUCCAUGCAGAGCAUGGAGGCACUGAAGGUAGGUGCUGCACACUGUGCAGUAAUGGGCUAGGAAGCACCUCUAGUGGCUGUCUUGGUGACUGCCAGUAGAGAUGCUACUAGGCAGCAGUGUAAACACUGCCUUUUCUUCAAUUUCUUAAUGUCCCUACAGGUUUACAAAAACCUGUAGGGACAUUAACUGUAGUUAUUCUGGUGACCAUAGUGUCCCCUUUAAUCGUGUGCUGGGGGUACUUUUCAAGCAAACAAGUUUUAAAGAACCUAUUAUUGUGCUUAGAUUACAACACAGAUCAGUUGUGGCUCUGAAAGAUUACCUGAUCUCUCAAUCAAGAUAAAUGCCAAAAAGAAUAAUCCGAUUUAUGCAGAAAUAAUGUUAUUUGAUUACUUUUGCUCUGCAAAACUUUCAGAAUACUGCUAACAUGGAUGAAGUAGACCGUAUUUUUAAUCCUAGCUAAAUUAAAUAGCAUGUAAUUCCUAGGUCCUUGUUUGCAGGUAAUAAUGCUGCUGUUAUUGUGUAUAUUUUCAUCAUUCUGUAGCUGAGACUCCCAGACUAAAGAUAGCCUAGUUUGUUUAAAUACAACUGAGGCACGCAUUGGAGUCAAAGCACAUGUGAGCCUUAAAAGGACCAAAAUAGACUGCUGUCAGAGUUUGUACAUGGAAAUCUGAAAUCUUUUCUGAAGCCUAUGAAAAUAUGUCUGGACGGCAUUUUAAAGCGACACUGCAGUAAUUUAGACAUAUGGUAUACAUUUUAAAAAGUCUAGUGCAUAGAAAUUUGAAAGACAGAAAUAUUCUGUAGCUUAAGAAUUGAGUCCGUGACCUGCAGUUAAUUUGAUUUUGCUGGUGCUGAAAUAAAAGUUUUGCUAUAAUCUUUAUUUAUGAAUUCGGAUGAUCUCUCCCACUAAUUACUAUUUUGCAACUUUUCUGGAUAUUUUUUCCCCUUUGAGUUACUAUUUGUGUAUCGCAUUCUAUUUUUUAAUAUUUACGCUUUUUCCUGCAUCAGAAAAGUAUUCUUUUUCAGGCGUCUUCCGUUGCCUUAUCCCCAACGAAUUCUGGGGGAAGUAUAACGAACGCGUUUCAAAAGCUUUUAGAAUUUAGAAGCGCUUUUGGAACAUCAUCUGUAUUAGCUUUAAAUGCCCAUACAUAACAUAUUUACGUGAAUGGUCAUGUAGUGGUGUCAUAAAUUACAAGAUAUUUUUCCUUUCCCAACUUGAUUCUGUCCGCAAUUGCACUAGUGCUUUCUUGUGCUCUCAGUUGAAUCUGUAAAAACGAAUUUUAAUGACCUACUUAUUAAAUUUAAUUUAUGCAGGGUAAUAUUUAAAUGCAAACAAUUAGCAUGUCCUGUGAAAACACCAGCAGAACGAAAUAGCGAAAUAUUGCCGGUCAUAGUGCCCGUCCUAAAGAUUUUCCAGGGUUACUUAGUAAAGUGAGAAUUUAAAGUAAAUUUCAAAUUUAAUGGAACACUAUAGUGUUGGUAAUACAAGUGUGUAUCUAAUGCUUAUAAUGUCCUGUUAGCAAUUUAGGUGUCAGAGUAAAAACCACUGGAGACAUUUAAACCCGCAAAGUAAACAUUGCUGCUCGCUACAUUGCGGGGUUAAACAUACUUGAACAUAUCACCCAGAAGACUUUAUUGAGAUAAAGUGGGCUGGUUGUUUAUAGUGUCCCUUUAAGGUCAAACUAGCUGAACUAGAAAAAUUCUCUAAGUCAUCUAUGCUUUCAGUUCUGCUACUCUGGCCUUAAGUGUGAACAUCAGGGCAGGGAGAACUGAGUGUGGGGAGGACAGCAUGUUGAGCGUGCUGGUGUCAAACACAAAUUUUGCGCAGAAUUAACAUUAACAGGCUUAGAACUUGGUUCUGGGCUGGGUAAUAAUGCUACUAAAGAGAAAGUUACACCUCCGGCGGCAGAGGGGUUAAUCUUCGUUGUGCAUUGUUUUGUAGUGAAAUGGUGCACAUACAGAUUCCAGACACCAUACCUACUUCAAAUCACUGAAGUGGUAAUGGUGCUUGGAGUACCCCUUUAACUAAGUUCAAAAAGACACAUAUAUUGUGUUGUGGUUUUUUUUUGUAUAGCAAUUCAGAAUGUUUGUCAAGUUAGAACUUGUUAAAUCCACGGAACCAAGCCUUUUAAAAUGUUUUUGUAGUAGAUUUCACAGGAGUGCAGUUUGGAACAACAUGGAAAUUUUGUAAUUUUGUAAUUUCUUGCAGAAUUCUGUCCUCAAUAUAGCCUGUUUUAGAAAGAUUAUCACUUAACUUGGGAGUUCUGCAUGUGACUGGAUGUAUUUGGAAAAAAUAACAUUUUCUUGCAAACAUAUAUGAAAUGUUAUGUCCCUGGUUACCACAGGUGCUCAUGGUAGAUUCUGUUUUUGAGUCACCCCAUGCAAGACACAAGGUAACUUUGGCACCUUUUGCAUUUACUUGCAAGUUGGCGCCAUUUUGUUUGUUUGCAUUCGGUGCCGUUAAAGCGAAGAUCUUCUCUGUGAAAAUGCAUAUAAUUGUGAAUUUUAUCUCCAGCUAUUUGUAAUGACGUCUGUUUUUCUUUUUAGGUACAAUGCAGUGUCCGGCCAGUGGGUACAAGAUGAUGUAUUGAUCAAAAUGGCUUCUCAAGUAAGUGAAACUUCUUGCCCAUAUUCUCCUCUUCUGCUUUUAGUUUACAUUUUGCUUUCUGUCUUUGAAAUCUGAUCUCCCGUGCUUCCUGUAUGUGAGCUACUUACUUUAAAUGUAGUCUUGGUCGGUCUUUGGGCCAAAAGUCAGAAACACCUGUCAGAGGAGGAAUGGUAAAUAAGAGUGAUGGCAACAUCAUACCUCAUACCACUGGUAUGCAUUUAGUUUUAAGCUAUCCGUUCUAGCAAAAUCACUUAGAAAUGUGUGGUUUAAAAGAUCUGGUAUAAUAUUCAGAAGUCAAAUAGCUGUUAGCCAUACCUAAAAUGAGCUUGACACCUCUAAAUGACCAGCUGCUUUUUUUUCCUCAUUGCACAGAGUGUGAAUGUGUGUAAAUGCACAGCUGUGUUUACAGAAACUGUGCAUCUGCAAAUGUAGGGAUUUGUUUUGAUUGUAACAGUACUUGACAAGCCCUGUAUUACUAGCCAGGCUUUGAAAGUCACUAGCCACUGCAAGCCUGUAGGGUACCUGGUACAUAGAGGUGGAUUUCUACUCUCCAGGGCUACAUUUUCACUUAACUUGUUAUGGAUUUAAAGGUGCAUUUGUUCAAAAGUCUGUCUGGUUGAUUUACCAAGGUGAGUAUUCCAAGUGAAUUUCAAAUUUUAAGGUUAAAGGAGCCAAACUGAAAAAAUGCUUUAAAUCAGCUAUGCUUCUUAUUCAGCUACUCUGGCCUUAAAUUUGACAUUUACUGGAAAUUCUCACUUUAGUGAUUAAAGGGAUACUCCAGGCACCCAGACCACUUUUGCCCAUUGGAGUAGUCUGGAUGCCAACUCCCACUACCCUUAACCGUGCAGGUGUAAUUAUUGCCGUUUUCAUAAACUGCAAUAAUUACCUUGCAGGGCUAAGUCCUCCUCUAGCGGCUGUCUUUCCCCUCUCAUACUGUCACCUUGCUGCUAUGCCCCUUCUUCUCCUCAUCCAUUCUCCCCUUCUCUAUCAGCGUCCCCCCUUCUCUAUUGGCGACCCCCAUUCCCUCCUUAUCUCCUCCCUCUUCUCGAUCCGUUUCUCCCUUCCCUCCCUGGCCUUGAAACCUCGUGUUUUUCUCUACUCUCACUAGGUCCCCUUCCACUUGCUUACUAGUGAGAUUGUUCUCAUCCUGAGUGUCCAUUAGAGCGAUGGAGCCGUAGGGAGAUAUGCUUUGACUAGUUCUACACAUAGCAAUUCAGACAUGAUAACCAUUUCAUCGCAUUGAAUUGUUUAUAAUACCUGGAGUCCCCUGGUGCUGUCCAUCCAUUCAGUGUUAAACCAUUUGUCAAGCAGUAUAACAUUAAAUACAUGUCCCUGGCCACCCACACGGGAGGUGUGGCUAAAGCAAAGCUUAUAUAUUCCACGCCGAGGCAUACCUGUAAUGGGCACUUUGAUAGGCUGAAAGCAGUCAGCUGACACUCUGCCAAUUAGAACUGCCAAUUGUUGUUCAGACUAAUAAUUCCUCAUUAGCGCAAGCAGCUCAGAGGGGGAGGGCUGCUAGGGACUCUCCUUUAGUAUUUAAACGUUAAAAACAGUUUAACACUGAAUAAAUGGGUGGCACCAGGUGACUCCAGACACUAUAACCACAAUGAGAUGAAACGGUUACAGUGCCUAUGGUGUCCCUUUAAUUCCACUAACCACGGCUAUGGCACGAGCUUCCAGAGCCCCUGAUGCCAAUAGUACAACCAUCAGUGAAUAGUUUUUACUCCGUACUGAAUGCUGCUAAACUUUUCUAACUUUUCUUACUUUCGACUCACCCUGACCAAAAUUUUGAGCCCUGAUGUAUUUAUGAAUUAUUAUGAAUAGGUUAAAAUAUAUAAGGGACACAUCAGCACCAUAAUUACUACAGCCUUAACAUAACCUGGGGCUGUCCCAUGAACAUGCCCCCUCCCAAAAUAUGUUUUUUCUUAUAUAAAUGUAUUAAAAAUUUCGCUAGCACAAUAUAGAGAUAAAAUGUUUAAUCUAUCUAGUGAUAUCAUAGUCUUAUUUUAUCGGAUCAUAGUUCUGCUUUAUGAAAGCUUUAUCUGCAAAUUGAAUUGGGAUUUUAUUUAAAAAAUAAAAAAAAAUCAUGAUUUUUAGAUAACUUUUAUUUCACAAAAAUGUUAAUCUCAAGUUUUUGUUGCUAGGCAUUUGGUCGUGGAGCUAUGAGAGAAUGCUACAGAACGUAAGUAAACACAGAAAACUCAAAAUUAUACAUUUUUACAAUUUUAUUACCUUCUUUGUUGUGAAGUUAUUUUCUACCACGUGGCCUUUUGGAUUUCUAGAAGCCUUGUAUAUGUUAUAAUGAGUCUCUAAUAGAAAAAGUGCAGGCUAGCACAUGUCUGUCUUCGUUUAGCAGCAUUUUAUAACUAGAAAUAUUUGUUACGGUUAAUUAUUUAGGGUGUGCAAAGCGUCUUUCUUGAAACACAUUUAUCCAUACUUUUUUCCUUUUCUAGUACCAGAAGUAAUUGAAUUUAGAGGGUAUACGUUUUCCAUUAGAUCCAAUAAUUUAUUUACAGAACUCUGAAUUGUAGCAAAUUUAAAUAUGAUUUAUAAAAUCAGUCUCCCCCCCCCGUCAAUUAUUUCUUCUGCAUAGACCUCUAUGUCAAAGAAUUUGCUGACAGGGAGAGCAGAAGUCCUACACAUCAAGUACAGUGUAUGUGCCUGUGGUUGCCAUGGUUACUCCCAAGUGGGAAAGUCUCUCCAACCAGGACAAAUUAUAUCUGUUCGUGAGCACUUAACCCCUUAAGGACUAAACUUCUGGAAUAAAAGGGAAUCAGGACAUGUCACAAGUCAUGUGUCCUUAAGGGGUUAAUGGGGUUGGUCAGAGCCAGGGUAAAUGGUAUGUAGGGGUGUGUGUGUAUGUGUGUAUAUGUGUGUGUAUAUGUAUAUAUGUGUGUGUGUGUAUAUGUAUAUAUGUGUGUGUGUAUAUAUAUAUAUAUAUAUAUAUAUAUAUAUAAAGGAAGAUAAAAUAGCACUCUCAGGACUAUAAAAUCCAAAAAUAAAACAACUUUUAAUUAGCUUAUGCAAAAAAUCUACGUUUCAGUCUGUUAACCACAGACUUUCCUGAUGAAAGUCUGUGGUUAACAGACUGAAACGUCGAUUUUUUUGCAUAAGCUAAUUAAAAGUUGUUUUAUUUUUGGAUUUUAUAGUCCUGAGAGUGCUAUCUUCCUUUUUGCAUUUUGCUGGACAAGCACCAGGCAAACUAAUUUUUUGGCAUAUGGAGUGCAGGAUUAUUUUUAUUAUUUCUCCCACCCCUCCCCCAUUAGGUAAGAGGAUCACAUUUAAUGAACCAAUUGUUUAGAGAUUUAUUAACUAGACAGUGAAUUGUAAUGAAUUAAAAGUCCAAUUGCAAAAUUCACACUGAAAUAGUCUGUGACUAUCAUAGUGUUGGAGAAGUUUUCUGAAUCUUGCUGUUUUGGCCUGAAUUUUGCAAUAUGGUGUUAAAUUCACUGGUUACUAUUUUUUUUAUAAUGCACAUUAUCUAACUGGGUUGUUUUUUAUUAUACUAUUAGAGUUAGAUCUGUGCAUGUUCUGCAUACAGUGUAAAGUGCUGUUCGUUUUUUGUUUUUACUGCAGUGUAUUAACAUACAUGUUGUAUAUUCUUGGGAGGGACGAGAGGAAGCAUAACAAAAAAUAAUUCAAUUCUUAAUUAUAAAAAAAACAAACAAAAAAAACAGCCACAUAACAUGUUUCAUACAAGUACACUCAGUCUGUGCGUGUUCUAAUUUUAUCUCUAAAGAUUCUACACUUUUUUUUUUCUUCCCUCUGACGCCUAUGUUUAUAUUGUGGUUGAUCAUUACAUAUUUAUAUUUACAUAUUUAAAUAAGAUAUUCUUAUCUGUACCAGUAACAGUGUGUCUAUUUGGUUUUGCUGUGCAGGAAAAAAAACUCCCAUGACAGAGAUAAAGAGACAUAGAUAAAUUGAUAACUCCGUUAAAAAUAAAGUGACACUGACUUGCUUAAAGGGCUCUCUAAGCACCAUAACCACUACAGUCCGCUAGCAGGCUACUGUCACCAUCCCCUUGCUCUGUGUCAAUUUGUUAUCAAGCAGUUUAAUGCAAAUUAAGGGUUCCUCGGGAGUUCACUUCCUGACCUACUGCUAGCCACAUUGCAACUACAGAAGUUAUGUUAUAUUUCCACAUUAGCAAUCUUAAUUUUGUCCCAUAGCUUCCUGUGACAUCAUGGCUGUAUUGAUUUAUUUAUUUUUGCCGAUGGCUGCAGUUUUAAGCAAUUAAUGAGCAGGGAGACAGCCCGUUGUUGUUUUUGUUGAUGCUUUGAUUGUCCCUUUCUAAGUUAAUCAGUGUUUGUAUGUGUAAUCUUUUAUAUGCCUUCCAGGCCAAUAAAAUAAAGUUUGCACUUUUACUUAUACCAUUUACCAAGAUGUGAUCUUUUGAAAAGGAACACUCAAAGCACAUUAAAAGGACACUGUAACACUAUCACCAUUUAAUCUCAUUGAAUUGGUUAUAGUGCCGGUAGUCCCCUGGCACCGUUCCUCCAUUCAGUGUUAAACCAUUUUUGAGCAGUUAAACAUUACAUGAGGGUCCCUUAGCACUUAAUGCCAUGCCCUGAAUGGAGGCAUGGCUAAGGAAGAGAUUAAACACUUCCUUGUAGCCAUACCAAAUCAUACCAGCAAUGGGUGUUGUGAUAGGCUGAAUGCAGUCAGGGGACACACUCAGCCAGUCACAGCUGCCCAUUGCUGCUCAGGUGAAUGCUCCCUCUUAAGCCCAAGCAGAACAGGGGGAGUCGAGGGGGCAGGGCACUCUUGACGCCGCUCGCUGUAGCAGUUUUAGAUUAGCCUCAAUGUUGUGUUUUUUGCGCAGCAGGUUCAGGUGAAAUAUUGCUACAUCACGUCUAUCACUGGUUUGUUCGGUGCAAAAUUAAGCAGGUUAGGCAAGAAGAUCCAGGUUUGCAAGAUGAGGUCAAUUUGUUUUUGAGCAAUUUGUGUUGACACUUUUUGUUGUUGGGUUUAUGUGUUUGUUUAUUUGCCUUUCUCAAAAGGAAAAAAACCAACCACAUGCUUGUAGAAAAAAAACUCAGCAUUCUUGCCCCACGGACACCUAUAAAAUAUAUUUAAUCAUAUCUGGCAUCCUAAAUAAACAGAUUUCACUCCUGCUGUACAUUAAGAAUGACAUGCAGUUUGCAUACUUUUGUGCCGAGUGUGUACCCUUCCUUAUACAUUAUUGACAUAUGCUCUUUCAGAAGUUAAUGUACACUUAAACAUUUGUGACACUCCUAUACAUGCGUACCUAUGGUAUUAGAGACUGUCAAUCAAGCUAAGAAUAGGAGAAUGAAUAGACCCAGAAACUAUAUUGUGUUUUUAAUAUCUAAAAAAAAAAUCUGUAAAAUCACCUGUACAGAAAUUAAAACAAAUCUGGCGGCGGACACCGCUUUUUACGUAACGAGGAAAAAAUAGUGCCUGAUUUUGAUAACCUGCCAUAGUUGUGUAGUGGCAAACAUGCUAUCACUAGAUUACUACAAUCUUUUGUUCAUGUGUACCAGGUAUCAGACAAGGUGUUUUUGUUUUUUUGUUUUUUUAGAUACAAUAUAUUUGUAAAGUUUAUUUUUACCUGUAGCCGUAUGUACAUUACAUUCAAGAAAUUUUAUUUUACAGUUUUAUUUCUUCAGAAAAAAACAAACUAUGCACAAACUAUUUAGCAAAAUGUUAUUCUCCUAAAUGCAUUCUUUCUGCAUCUCAUUAAUAUAAUUGGCAAUUAUUUAAAAGAUAUGUGGAGAAGAUAAACCCAACUCUUUGAAAAUGUGUUUAAUAUUUAUUUAUUUAAAAAUUUUUUACAUCUUAAAUAAUUAACACAGUUGAUUUUAAAUUUCUUUCAUUAAUCAUUUUAUAGCCCUUUAAAUUUGACUUUGUUUUUCUUGUGUAUUUCAAAGAUGAAAGGAUAAGGUUGUUCAGUAGAAUAAAGGCACCAGGGUUAAUACAACUGUGGCAGAGUUUAUCAUAAAGAAACACACUGACCUUUUAAAUAAGAUAGCUGAAGAAUAACAGCCCUGUAAUAACAAGCUCAGCCUUGCUGAUUAGAUAUUUCCUUAAUUUCCUUUCAUGUACCAGACUAUGGUUAUAUUGUGUUACUGUAAUGACAUAUAUCUGAUCUUAAAAUUCAAGUUAUUUUAAAGCCCAGUUACAAAACCAAGCAGAAAAAAUACAUGCUCAUAUGACGUAACCGAACAUAUUAUUUUUUUAAAUUCUUCGUUUAGACUGUGCACACAUACAUUGCAGUAGGUGCAGUACAUUAUGUGUAAAGACAUCAGAAGAAAAAGAACAUACAAUGUACACACGGUUUAUAGUUUCAUGGUCCUGGUACAGAAUUUGUCAUUUGUACUCAUCAAAUAAGUGUGAUAAGCCCUACUUAAAACAGUGGUAGUGGAUGCAUGGAAUAGCCUUCCAGCGGAAGUGGUAGAGGUUAACACAGUGAGCGAGUUUAAGUAUGCGUUGAAAAGGCAUAAAGCUAUCCUAGCUAUAAGAUAAGGCCAGGGACUAAUGAAAGUAUUUAGAAAAUUAGGCAGACUAGAUGGGCCGAAUGCUUCUUAUCUGCCGUCACAAUACACGUUUAUAAAAAAAACAAACGGGAAGGUAUAGAAAAUAAAAAAGGUCUUCUUGAUGUAUUCAAUGUAAAGUUUUGAGACUCUCUUUAUCUCCGACCCAGCGCCAUCAUGUUCUCUGGUCAGCCUUUGCUCUUCACGCACUCUGACGCCAACCUGGUGGCUUCAUUACAAGCAUACCAGUAUCUGGACAGAGUGAUGUCAGCCACUCUGUUCUUAUACUCCCUAGUCGGUGCUCGCAGGAUCGGCUAGAGUUGCCCUAGCAACCAGAGCGCUGUGGUUGCUACGUGUUGAGAGCAAAAUUACCUCCCAUGAAAUUCCAGAUUAGUAAAUAAACAGUAAUGGCUCAGAAAAAUAUGUAUGCAAAGAUCUUGUAAUGCAACAUUGACUAAAUAUUAACCGUAUGAACACAAUUACAUAAAUAACAUUUGAAGCUAAAAUCUGAUUUAUUUCACUUUGCAGGAAAAAACUCUCCAAUUUUUCGCACAAGCAGCAGUGGAAAAGUGCUUAUAACUAUGUAGCCAAACGCUACCUAGAAACUGUAGAUCGAGAUGUAUACUUUGAAGAUGUCCGACUUCAAAUGGAAGCCAAACUUUGGGGAGAGGAGUAUAACAGACACAAGCCCCCAAAACAGGUAAAAACUUCCAAAUGGUCCAGUUUAAAUUAAUGCUAAAUUGUUUAAGUACACAAAAAAGGCUGUCGAAAUAUAGCUACCGCCAUUUAAUGGUCGGUGCAAUCAACUAAUCAGGAUACUGCUACAAUGAAAACUUUGGUCACUUUGCUGCUAGUAAGCAUGGGACGCGUAGAGCCGUAGAGGCAUUGAUGUCAGAGAUAUACUAUUUCCUUAAAGCAGUUGUGGACGUGGUCCUAUAUUUAUUAAUUUCACCAUAUUAAUAAUACUUAAUAUUUUUAAUAUUGAUAAAAUUAUUAACUUUUCAUUAUUUUCACAAAAUAAUUUUAAUAUUUUUCCCCUAAAUUAUCCCUACAUAGAGUAAGUAACUAGUGACCUGUGAAGAAUAGGAUACUGUAGGGAUUAUCUUGCGAGGGCAACAACCAUUUGUGGUGAACUUGUGGAGCCCUGAAGCUGUCUCAGUUUUCGUAGCAUGCAGACACUCAUUUUUCCAACACCUUGUGGCAAACAGACCAAAGUUAUCUCAGUAAUCUAAGACCGAGCGGCACUAAAAAUCCCUAAAGAAGCAACCGCUAAUAUAUAUAAUAUUAUGAAAAUGGGAGAUGCAGUACACAAGGAAAGUGUGGGUAAAUAAGAAACCUCUUACCUAGUUAAAUCCACCCCUCUAUAAAUAGCAGGCCAAAGCAAUAUAUCGCCUCACUAGAGACUCCGUACAUGAAGCAAUAUUAAAUAGCUCAGAAAAUAUAGCUCAAAUCUUCAUACAGCAGCUGUUUCCUCCUUGUUUAUAUUAUCAUAUACAUGCGCUGUAGCCCCUUUAAGGCUAUUUUGGAUAGUGGGUUACCUAUCGAGCAAGUAUUUGCAGCUUAAAUAUAUAUUUUUUUAUGUUAUUCCCCUAUAGUCAGAGGAGAUCUACCCUGAUUGAUGCUUGCAUGUAGGGAGACAGAUUCAGCACACAGGGAGUGAUAUCUGGUCUUAAUAUGGAUUUAAUAAGCUGUUACAUUUUUUUUAAUCAUUUGUACAUUCUGUCCUGGUAAUAUAAGAAUUUUGUAUUGUUAACCGCACAAAAAAAAAACUGCUGAUAGCGAACAAUUCAUACAAUAAGACACAUCUGGUAUAGUUAUAAAUCACUCUUCCUCAAAUAUUCCACUCAGAGUGUGUGUGUAUUUUUUUCCAGUGCGUUGGAAAAAUUAUAUAUUUAUAUAAGUAUCAUAUGAUGUGUCUUGUGGACAAAUUUUGAGUAGAUGUUCCAAAAGAUACUGUAAUUGUCAGAACUGAAAUGUUGCCAUCUGAUUUGAAGUAUAUUGAAAAUGUGAAUUUAUUUUUAUACAAAUUGUAGCUAACUGAAAAGCUUUGUCUACAGUACAGUUAAAUAAUUUUUUAAAGGGACACUAUAGUCGCCAGAACAACUGCAGGUUAAUGUAGUUGUUCUGGUGAGUAUAAUUGCUGUAGGGAAUUUGCAAUAUUUUUCCCUAAGAGCUGACUAAGAUGAAUUGUCCAAAUCUGUUUUAUGCCAACCUUGAUUGACUAAUUUGACGGUACUUGCUAAAACUGCAAUUCUUCCGAAAUUAAAGUGAAUUUUCAAAUUUGGGCCAAAAUAGUUGGAUUGAAAACACAGCUGACUUUUUUUUUUUUUUCCCCCUCUAAUAGUUUUUUAAUAUAAUUAAUUUGGCCUAAAAUUUUAAAAUCUCUUUUAAUAAACUUAGAAAUGUUGACAAUUUGGUCUCACUGUAUAUGGUAUUGCUCGCUUGCUAAUGUAAAACAUAUACAUAUGGUUUUAUCCUGUCAGCAAGUAUCGUUGGGAACAUAAGCAUGUGAGAAAAAACAGCUGAAGUCCUUUCAGUCAGCGUACAUACUGUACCAACUACCAAGCUCAGUUUAUAAACAUCUCCAGGAAAUUAUUAUUUUUUUUUGCUUGAGACGUGGCCUACGUGAGCAUUGUAUUGAGCACUUACAUAUUUACAUUCUCCGGGCCUCUCCUACUGAAACGUGAGCAAGUCCCAGAGAGCAAUGGCUAUAUUGUCAUGUGACUCCUCAGCAGCUGCCCAGAAACACUGCUAAUCGUCUGCUUACUCAUCACAUUUAUGGCAAAAGACAACACAGACACAUAUUUCAAACAAACCAUCAGGAUCUAGCUAUCUAUAGUACUAGUAUUUUGUAAAUAAACAUCUGUCUGUGCCCGCUGUCCAUCCAUGUCAAUAAAUCUGUCAUUUAUACACACACAAACAAAUGUGAUUUUUUUUGCCUUUUAAUAAAAAUAUAAGGUGCUUUUUUGUGGAUUUUUUUUAUUAUUUUUUUUUUUUUUACCGAAGAGAUUUCGAGUUAGUUUGAUUGGUUUUUGCAAAUUUUUUUAUUUUUUAUUUUAUUUUUUAUUAUUUUAGAUAGGUCAGUCAUUUGUACAUUUCUACCAAAAAUCAUUUGCAGCAGUGUACUCUGUUGUACAUUGAUGGUAUCCAAAGAGAACUGGUUUGCUGCUUUGAUUGAAACUGUAAUUAUUUUACUCAUUUAAAGAUGCACAUUGCAAAAAGAACGAAACGUUCAAGAAACUUUACCAUGGCGUAAAGCACUUCCACUCAAUGAAGAUCCUUUGUGAUUUUGUUUACGUCCUGAAAAUGUUAUACUUUUUUGAUCAAUUAGUAUUUGCUCUGACCAAGUGGAAAAAAAUCCCCAUGGGCAACAGAUAUUUCCUUCCUGUUGUUAUUCAGUAAUUAGACUGUGAUUGCAUUGAUAUUUUAAGCUUGUUUGCUGACAACCCAUUUACAAAUCCUUCAAAAUAGAUUUUAGUAUUAUUACUUGUCUGUGUGUCGCCUUGAUACCAAGACCUGUGGAUACUAAUGUACUAUUGUAAAUUAAUUUGUAUAACUUUCCUCGUAGGUCGAUAUUGUGCAAAUGUGCAUAAUUGAAAUGAUAGACAGACCGGGCAAACCUCUGUUCCACUUAGAACAUUACAUUGAGGGAAAAUACAUUAAGUACAACUCGAAUUCUGGAUUUGUACGCGAUGAUAACAUACGUCUCACCCCACAGGUAUGUUAAAAAAAUAUCUGUCUACAUAUUGACAUUUUAUUUAGUUUUUCUUUCCCUUCCAACUAGUUGUUUGGGAACUUGCACUCUAGAUUUUCCAAAGACCGAAUAUAAAAAAGGUUAUAAAAUUGAAGCAUUUUAUAAACCAAAAGAGUGGCAGCAGCCAUGAUGGUUUCAUGGCCCAAAACUUGCACAUCUCAGCUAAAAAAGAAAUACAUUUAUCCGAUUGAGGAGUCUCCUGUGAUUAAAGCAAUGCUUGUAUUCAGAGGUUUGUGUAAAGCGGCUAUUGUAAAGAAGUAGCCAUGUUUUAAGAAUACUGUGUGUUUCUUACAUAUUUUUUUAUAUUAACACUUCAAUAAAAAGGCACAGAAUACGUAUCAUUAUAGAACAUCCUCCAACCUGACGAUGCUUAUGUCUGUGUAAUAUACUAGUUGAAAGGAACACUAUAGCAUUAGGAAUAUGAACGUGCAUUUUUAAUUCUAUCGUAUCCUGGGUAGAGAUGUCGCGAACCUCUCGCGAACAGUUCGCGGCGAACUCCGGUCAGCUGACACAUCCCGGUCAAUCUCCGGUAGACCCUCCCUCCCAGACCCUCCUACUUCCUGGACAGCAUCCAUGUUGAAGGCAGCUUCAACAUGGAUGCUGUCCAGGAGGUGGGAGGAUCUGGGAGGGAGGGUCUGCCGGAGAUUGGCCGGGAUGUGUCAGCUGACCGGAGUUCGCCGCGAACCGUUCUCGAGAAGUUCGCGGACGGUUCGCGACAUCUCUAAUCCUGGGGUGGUUUUGUUGUCUGACACCUCCCCCACUCGUCAAAAAUACGUGCAUGAGAGAGUUUUUACUGUCUUUUUCCAUGGCUGCACUGUUCUCUCCUUGACUGCCUUGUUGGCUGAGAUGAUCAAUUUUUAUGAUGUCAGUCAAUUUAAAGCUUCCUCAUAGGGAAGCAUUGGGAGGCUUGUGCACAUGUGUGGGAAAUUUGAUUAGGGAGCAGCAGUCAAUUAAAAACCAAGUUUGAUUCAGUACUCAACAUGGACACACCUCGAGUGACUGUUAAGAAAACUGCAACUAGAGGUGUGUUAACUCUGCAGUAGAAACAAUGCACCUCUAGUGGCCAGGGGCGGGCUGGGCCAGGGGGCAGGGAGGCAAUUGCCCCUCGGGCCACCCUAAAUUCUUUUAAGACCGGCCGCUGCAGGGCCGGCCCUUUAAAUUCUGCAGCCACCUGAGCGCUCUGUAAAGAGCCUCAGGCGGCUGCAGUUGCCUCAGGCGCGCGGAACAGGAGUUUCAGUUUCCUGUACCCGGCCGGACUGAUAGGAAGUGCACACUCAGUGUGCACCUUCCUAUCACUCCGGUAGGGCACCGCGGACCGGAGAGGAGGUCGGCCACGCUACAGGGAAGGGGAGGUGAGAGGAGGGGUAAGAAGAAGGAGGGGAGGGAGAAGAGAAAAGAGGAGGGAGGGUAAGAGGGGAGGGAGUAAGAAAGAGAAAUGAAAGAGGGUGAGGGAAGUAAGAAAGGAGAGAUAAUAAGAAAAGAAGGGGAAGUAAGAAAAAAAGAAAUAGAAAAAAAGAGAAUUAAGAAAAAAAAGAGGGAAGUAGAAAAGAAGAAGAAAUUAAGAAAAAGAAAAGAAAAGGGGAAGUAGAAAGAAGGGGAAGUAGAAGGAGGGAGAUAAGAAAAAAAAAGAAAUUAAGAAGAAAGAAGGGGAAGUAAGAAAGAAGAAGAAAUUAGGGAGUAGAAAGAAGAAAGAGGGAGUGAUAAGAAAAGAAGAGAAUUAAGAAAGAAGAGAGGGGAGGAAGAAGAAGGGGAGUAAGAAGAAGAGGGAGGAAGAAGAAGGGAAGUAAGAGAAGAAGGGGAGUAAGAAGAAGGGAGUAAGAAAAGAAGGAGUAAGAAGAAGAAGGAGUAUUAAGAAGAAGAAGAAAGAGAGGGGAGUAAGAUGAAGAAGGGAGGUAAGAAGAAGGGGGAGUAAGAAGAAGUAGGAGGGAGUAAAAAGAAGUAGGAGGGGUAAGAAGAAGAAGGGGGGAGUAAGAAGAAGAAGAGGGGGUGAGAAGAAGGGGGAGCAAUAAGAAGAAGGGGGAGAAAGAAGAAGGGGGGAGUAAGAAGAAGAAGGGGGAUAAGAAGAACAGGUGGGGGAGUAAGAAGAACAAGGGGGAGUAAGAAGAACAUAGGGAGGAGGGGGUAAGAAGAACACGGGGGGGUGAGGAGAACACAUGGAGGGUGGAGGGGUGGGGAAGAGAGAGCUAGGGGAGGGUGGGGGAGAGGAGAGACCACUAAGAGGCAGGGGAGAGCUCUAAGGGACAGAAGGGACAGCUCUAUAGGACAGGGGGCAAGACAGGUAGCUCUUUCACACUACGCACACACACACACACACACACACACACAAUGCAUCCCUAUACAUACACAGAAACACACAAUGCAUCCCUACACACACAGAAACACAACAUGCUUCCCUUACACACAGAGAAACACACAAUGCAUCCAUAACACACACACACAAUGCAACCCUUACAAACAAAGACAAUGCAUCCUUUGCACACAUACACAGAAACACACAAAGCAAACCUUUACACACACAUGCAAACACACACACACUGCUUUUCUUACAUACACACAGAAACACAAUGCAUCUCUUACACUCAAUGCACACACAUACAGACACACACCUUGCAUCCUUUAUGCAUACAAACACAGAUUCACACAAUGCAUCCCUUACACACAACCAGAAACACACAAUACAUCCCUUAUACACAAAUACACACUGCUUCCACUACACACAAACACACUGCAUCAUCUACACAAACUGGUAUCCCUAUACACUACAUACCAUAAGCUCACAUAUUAGAUCCUCUGCAAUAACACAUAACACAUACCCUACACACUCCACUCCCUGUGAGCGAACUCAUGGGUGGGUGGAACAUAUAAGUGGACUUAUGAGUGGGCUUAUGGGCAUACUUACCGUCAGGCCCUGGGGGCCAGACCUUAAACUGUGUAAGGGGCCCCAGAAAAAUGGAGCUGCUUCCAAUUCUCCCAGAACAUUGAAUUUUGUGACCACAGUUGCAAACAGCCUCCAGAGAUCCUGUUCUACACCAGACCAGUGGAGCCAAACUGCAGCCCAUCAUCAUCCUCAUCUGGUUGUAAGUAGGCAAUCUAGUAUAUUAUUAGUGACACUAAUCUAUAAUUUACCUCACAUUAAAUGGACACUAUAGCUUAAUGAAGUGGUUCUGGUGUCUAUAGCCGGUCCCUGCAGGCGUUUUAAUGUAAACACACACUGUGUGCAGCACUGGCGUUAGUUCAUUUGGCAGAUCAUAUGGGUGGGGCAUUGUGAUGUCACAUGGGGGGGCGGCAAAUUUUUCUUUUGUCUAGGGCGGCAAAAAUCAUUGCACCGGCUCUGAUCCUGGUCUACUGGUGACCCACAGGAGGGGAGUGCACUGAUUGCACUGCACUCUCCUCCUGCCCAGACCCGUCUUUACCGCAGUGCAAGUGCCCUCUGCCCCAAAUUUACAGUGGCUCACACUCACAGCAAGCAGUGCCUGGAGCCCUUUGCAGAGACGGGAACAAAGAGGUUCUGUGGCAGCAGGUCGUCCUGCAAGCAUUACGUUAACCAGCUGUUCCCCAUGCAGCCACCGGUGGCGCUGUGCUGGGAGAAUGUGAUUACUCUUCACUUCCUCCCAGCCUACAGAGCAGCGCAUGGGAGAGAGAGGAGGAGGCAUGAUUUAAUCUUACAACAAAUCCAGUAAGCAAAUCUUUAUAAAUUUGGGGGGAUCAGCUCUGUUUCCACAGUUUAUUGGUGUUAACUUUGAUGUCUGUAUUAAUUUUGAGGGAUUUCUAAGUAGUAACGUCAGUGUGUGUCAGCAGGGCCAGCCGUUGGGGUGUGCACGCUGGGCGGUCACGUAGGGUGCCAUGACAAAAGAGGCGCCCGGCGGCCAACACAGCUCACAAGUUGGGUACACCAGCAUAUUCAAUUUAAACGAUUCGCUGGUGGUCCACUGGUGCGCACCAGCAGUAGGUGCAGUCAGAUCAUAUCCUCUCCCUCGUGGUUCUGGCGCACAGUUAGUGAGUCAGAGCACAGGCUCAGAGAUUCUCAGCCUGCGCUCUGACAACAUUGAAAGUCACAGCCGUGAAGGAGCGGGUAUGGCAAAGAGCUACUGAUUAGCAUAACAUCAGUAUCCGUUAUAAAACCAGGAAAAGGUGGGCAUGGAUGGUGAACUGAUUUGGCGGUGCAAUGGGCCACUUCACUGGUUUUGCCCACCAGGCCUAAGGCUGCCAGCCCUCCCCUGCUAGUGGCCGUUAGGAAGACGGCGACUAGAGGUAUUUAAACCGUGCAGCAGAAACAUUGCAGUUUAUGCAGAACUACAGUGAUUUUAAUUGCAGUUUAUGCAGGACAACUGCCCCUAGACCACAUCAUUGAGAUAAAGUGGUCUCUGUGACUUUAGUGGUCCUUUAAGGUUUUUUUCCCUCUCACAGAUUACAAGGUUCAUCUUAAUUUGUUAAUGUUAGUAUAUUUUAUGUCUUUUUUUUUUUCUUCUAAUCUGCCAUUUUCAUUAUUUAUUUAUUAACAUUCUUUUUUUUUUUUAGGCUUUUAGUCACUUUACAUUUGAGCGUUCGGGACAUCAGAUGAUUGUUGUUGACAUUCAGGGAGUUGGGGAUUUAUACACAGACCCGCAAAUCCACACCGAAAGUGGGACUGACUUUGGAGAUGGAAACUUAGGUAUUAAAUAAUUACGCAGUAUUGAUCUUUACUUGCUCGAUCAUCUUGUCUCAGUUGGGCGACAACACAGACCACCGGGCAGCUGAGAGUUGUUGCGAUGCAGACAGUUAUACUUUUUGACUUGUUAUUAUCGGCAUUUAUAUAGUGCCGACUUAUUCCGCAGCACUGUACAAUAUUGUAAAGGGGAAAAUUUUACAAUAAAUUAGAUCAUUUCAAAUUGUUACAGCAACAAGAUAUUGAUGAGGACCCUGCUUAAAUGAUCUUACAAUCUAGAUGUUAAAAAGAUAUCUAUGAAAUCUUAUUGAAAUAUUAAUAAAUGCUCUAAUUAGCAUAUUUUUGUGUCAUGAUGUUUAACAUUAAUAUUUGCUUUUCUUUCUCUUUUGUUAUGAAUGUUUUCAAGGUGUGCGAGGUAUGGCCUUGUUUUUUCACUCUCAUGCCUGUAACCGUAUUUGUAAAAGUAUGAUGCUGACGCCAUUUGACCUUUCACCUGGCGAGAAGGUCGCUUUGGACAACAGCGCUAAAAUGCUGGUUAGUGUUUUUCAGUUAAAUGUCUCCUAUUCUGUAAUUGGUGAACAUUUCUCAUGUAGUAUAGAUAUGGAUAUAUAAUACAUUGUAUUGUAUAUUGUACAUUGUAUAACACAGUAGCUGAAUACUAACUCUUUGUCCUGUCUGAUCACUGUAAUUAUGCACUACAAUCAUAUUAGAACCCUAUGUAUUUCCAUUUAAAACAACUGAUAUGGUCCACUAUGAAAGGAAAAAAAAAAAAAAUCAGUGUCCCUAAAGAGGAUAGCUCUGUGUUAUUUCUCUGUUAAAACGCAUAACUAUAGCAUGUCCUCUAUGUGCUGUAAAGACACUUAAGAGGACACCUAAGCCGCUACUUCUUUAAGCGGCACGGUCACCCCCCUUCCAAAUGAGUUUUCUAAAGAAAAGGAAAAAAAGACAAAACCUGUAUUCCUUCCCCACCUGGGGGACCUAAUGGGCAUAUGUACUGAGCACUGCAUGCUUUACAGCUUCCCUAUUGGAAAACCCCCUUUCUUAUGGGGGAUUACAAGAGAUUAGAUGUCCUCCUGCAAAGCAUGAGGACUUGCAUUGUCACGUCACAGAUUUAAUUUACAUUAGAGUCCAGGAAGUGUACAUAGUGGCUGUCUGGAAGACGGCCUCUACAGGUUGUCGUAACCCUGCAAUCUAAUCAUUGCAGUUUCUCUGAAACAGCAAUGUUUUAUUUUAUUUUACAAGGUUAAGCACACUUGUCCCCUUUACCCAGAUCACUACAUUAAGGUGAAGUGGUUUCUGUGCCUAUAGUAUCCCUUUAAGGCACCUCUGUAUGGACAUUUCAGGUAUUGUACAUUAUAUGUUAUUAUUGUGCUAUUAAUUUGGUAUGUGGAAGCAUGGGGGGGGAGCCUAUAUGUAAAGUAAAAAAGAAGCCCUUCGAUGUUAAAACAAAAUGUAUUUCUUUCUAUGUUAGAAUGUUCCUUUAAGAGCUUAUUUACAGCUAUGAACAUGUUGAUAAAUAUCUGGUUUCCCCAUUAUGUACCCAUAUUUAGCGUGGUUUAUAUAUAAUUUUCUGCUUAUUUUAGCUUCAGUUGGUUUAAGCAAAAAAUACACAAACGGGUCUUUCUUAGAGCAGACACAGGCCUUUUGUCAUUGAAACUAUCUCUGUUACUUAACUGUUUUACAUUGCAUGUUUUUUUUACAAUAAAAUCAAUGGGCUCAGUGUGAGUUACUUAGUAUUCUAAAUCAGUAUUCCGUGAUGCCAAGCUAAUUCCUGUAACACUGCUUUUAACCAGCUAGGGACCAGAUACUCACCCUGCAUGUCACUAUAUUAUGGCAUUUACCUAGUCCCAUGUCAUAAACAAGAUUGAUAAAACAAAAACCAAUUGAUAAUGAUCACCUAAACCAGAAAUUGUAGAGGAUAAACCUGUGAAUUGCAAAUUUAAGACUUUAAUAUUAAUGAAUUGGAGAAAUAUGCCUCUGCAGCACUAGUUGUCAUAUUUUUGAAAAAAGUCUCAAUAUUGCAAUGUUUACAAUAUCUUGGAAGGGCAAGUAAUAACCAGCCGCAAUUUUAAAAAAUCAGAGUAAAAAUUAAAAUAAUAAAAGUUUCAAAAACAAAAAUUUUUGUGUAAUUUUCCUUAUUUGCACCUUAUCCAUUUAAAAAAAAAAAAAAAAAAGACUGUGAAUAUAACAGAUGGGAUAAAUGAUGAAUAAAUGAUGAAUACAAAUGUGCAUGGUAAUAUUCAAAUGCCAAAAAAUAGGACACUAAAAGAAUGCAUGAUCACGUAUUUUUUAAGUUUGCACAGUUAUGAAAACAAACAAGAUGCCAAAAUCUGUCUGUAGAAAUUAUAGGCCCUUUGCCAGAAGAGUGCCAGUAAGUCAUACUCCUUCCUCCUGAUAAUAUCUGAUGGUUUUGGAGUGGAGCUGAGAUAGGUGGUACAUCCCUCCCGACAUUGAUAGAUGAGUGGAUCCUGUAAUGACCUGUCUGGCUGGCACCCAGCCUACAGGACCCUCCAGAAAGUGCUUCUGAAAGAUUAUCUGCAGGGUCCUAGUGCCUGCAUAUAGCUCAAGUGCAUCUAAUGAUGCUUUUGCACCGUGAAGCCCAAGGUCAAAAUAUGGACCUGGUGGUGGCAUGAAGUAUUGGAUUGGUCUAUCACACAGAUAGCUGUAAGAGUGCAUUUGUUAUCACUACUUUUCCAUGAAAAGAAUUUGAACAGAUUGCCUGCACAAACUAGGAAGUUAGUGCUGGGCAAUAAAGAGGCCGGGCCAUCAUUAGUUGUAGAAGCCAGCCAUCAUUAGUUGUAAAAACAUCGGACACCUUUUUAGAGGUUAGGGUAGGAAUUUCAUCAAAAAUUGCUUUAAAAAUAAAUAUAUAUUUUACUACUUCGAAUUUUCUUUCAAGGUUUUUAUUAUAAUUUAUUUUGUAAAUGUUUAGUAAAAGCUAAAGAACACAAACAGUUUGAGAUUGGGCCACUAUACUAAUUUAAAAAUAGAUAAUUCUAUCCAUGUCCUUGCCAAAAGGUAAAGAACCUCUAUUGUCUUCUGUGUACAGUCCAGAUCGAUACUGAUUGUCUCUGAUGUUGUUUUGCCCAGCAAACUGCUCAGACUGUUGUACGCGGCGGAGUGGAGAAAUGCGGAAGCUCCCGGGUUCGAACCAUGUCUGGAAGCCGUCCUCCUCUGCUCUUACGACUCUCUGAAAACUCAGGAGAUGAAAACAUGAGCGACAUGUUUGAUUCUCUGCCCAACUCCCCAUCACCAGCCACCCCUCAUGGUCACAGAUUCGAUGUGCACGGUAAGAUCAUUUGUUAUCAUGGGGGGGCGUCGCAGACUGUGAACUAGAAUGCCAUGCAUGCACAGUAAUAAAUUACAAGGUAUUAAAAUCUUUUCUGGUAGAUAUGCCACGUUACAUUUAGUUUAAUUUCAUGCCAUUCUUGGCAGUGCAGAUAAUAUAAUUUACCAGAUUUGUGAUAAACCCCUUCAAAGACCUGAUAAAAACUCUGAAACAGUAACAAAUUAUAUUUUGCAUACUUUAUUAAAAAAAGUUGUGUUUUUCUUUAUUUACGGUUUGCUUUAUUAUUUUUAUUUGAUAUUUCUUAAAUUGCCAAAUAGCCUCAAUAUUUUUAUGUCAGAUCUCUAUCUUUAGCUUUUUUUCCGCUAUGUGUAAUUCUACGCAUAGAUGAAAAAUUUGGCAUGAUGUGUGAUUUAUUGUACUGGCAUAUUAAAUGGAAAGCGUUGAUUAUCUUUGAUCUUUAAAGUUAAACAUUCCUUAUAUGUGCUGGUUCAAUUAACUAAUAGGGGCAGCUUGCUAAACUUUCCUUAUGUUAUUCCAUAAGAUCUGGACCUACUAUGGUACUACAUUCUCAGUGUUCUCGCUCAAUAAAUGUAAACCUAGUCUGCAUUCCAAAAAUCUAUUUACCUUCAAUGUACUUUGUGAACAUUUCAAUAAAAAAUAUUGUGUAUUUUACAUGUCAAAACCAUGUAAAAUGCCAUUUAGCCUAUAAUGCACUACUUAUUUUGACCCAGCACUGUUUUUUUUUUACAUUAUAUAUUUUUUUCCCUCUUUUAAUCUGCACAGGUUGGCCAAUUUUCAAUGAAGUGGAUAAUUUGGAUAAAGAAGAAAACAACAAUCUGGACAAUCACAGAGUAUGUUAUAUGAAACUUAAACUCCUGUUCAUUAUAUCGGUCAUAUUGCAGAUACAGGCUUUGCGUGAACAUCUUAUGGCUCCUUCAUAGUGCAUGUUCACUCUGGAUAAAUUACGUGUUUGGGUUUAGUUUUUGUUACAAGGCUUUUUUUUUUUUUUUUGGCUGCAAAAUUUGGAUGCAGUUAUCCUUGGAAAGUAAUCCUUUCCGUGCAAUAGCUUGAUAUAGCAUUCUUUUCAGUAGCACUUUCUUUAUCACAACAUCUUAGGCUAAAUCUGGGAGAUUUAUUUAUUUAUAAAAUAUUUUACCAGGAUGGAUACAUUGAGAUUUCUCUCGUUUUCAAGUAUGUCCUGGGUCUUUGUCCACAAACCAUUGCAUUGUUACAAUAGGAUACAAUAUUACAAAAAUACAAUAUACAAACUUAUAUAAAUUUAAUAUAUAACAGGUAAUAAAUAUAUUCAACCAUGACAGGUGCAUUCUGUGCUGAAGUAUAUUGCCAUAGAUCUCUUAAACUAUUUUAGAUUGAACAUUUGACUGGGUCCCUGAGGUUAGUCCAUAAUUGCGAUGCUCUGUAGGAAAAUGAGGAUCGAGCCACUUUAUUUUUGUAUUGCGGUAUGCUAAAUAUUGUGCUAGCACUGGAUCAGAGGUUAUAGGAGGUGGGAACAGCUGGGGAGAGCAUUCUACUCGGGUAGGGUGGGAGCUUCCCAGAAAUGCUCUUAUGCACAAGGCUGGAAAGAUGAAGAGUGCGUCGGGAUUCCAGCGACAGCCAGUUUAGCUCUUUUAACAUGUCACAGUGGUGGGUAAAGUAAUAACAUUCUAGUACAAAGCGGCAGACCGAAUUAUAUAACAUGUUAAGAGUACUCAGCAGAUAAGUUACAACAACAGAUCAUUGUAUACAUUUUGCUUGAAGACAUGGCAAAGUUCUGAAAGUGAUGCAGUAAAAUGUUCCCACUGAUGACAUAGCGUCGAAGAAAGUUUCCCUAAUAUGUUGAACUUAGUCUCAAGUAAUGCCCAAGGGCUUAAUUCCCUCCCAAUUGGCCCUUUCCGGUUGUUAUUCAAUCUUCAUUUACUGCCCCAAAAAAAAAAAACGGUGUAGCAAUAUACAUAUCAAAGAAUAUUGAUUUGGUUAUUAAGUUCCAAAAGACGGAUAAGGAAGGUAGAUAGAUAAUUCUGGUAUGCGAGAUAGGUCAAAUAUACACGUUUGCCCAUGUCUAUGUUCCCAAUUCCUACCAGACAGCAUAUUUAACUAAAAAAAUUAACGAUGCUAGAUAGAUUUAAACUUGGCAUUGUCUUAGUAGAGGGUGAUUUUAACUGUGUGCUUGACCCUUAUUAUGAUAAAACUCUAAGGGAAGGGAAAAGGAUACCUAGAAAUGAAAUCAAUAAAGCGUCAAGAUUUCGCCAGAUAUUAUCCAUUAACGCCUUACGGUAUAUAUGGAGAAUUUCUAACCCCAAAGAAAGGGACUUCACUUGCUUUAGCAAGUCUCAGUGUACAUAUUCAAGAAUUGAUUUAAUUUGAACAGAUAGGGCUACUUUAGAAAGAGUAAAACAUUCUAAUAUAAUAGCCAUAACUUGGUCUGAUCAUAAUGCACUAAAGGUUCAACUAAAAACGUAAUAUGGUCGAAUAAAACCAGACUGGAGAUUAAACAAUAAAUUACUUCUAUCGCAAGAAAACAGAAAUUUUAUCUGUAAAAUGAUAGAAUAUUAUUGGGAAGAAAACAAUACAUCUGAUGUAUCUACAGAAAUUAAAUGGUGUGCAUUUAAGUCUAAUCAGAGGCAAUUUAAUAAGAUUAGGAAGCUCUAUAUAUUAUUAAACAAGAGGGGGUUGGCUGCACUCAUCUUAACAUGCAUAAAUGGGGGUGCUGCUGGGGGCCAAAUAAUACAAUACACAAGAUCCAGCGCACUCACCUAUCCACUAAACAGCAACUUCAAUGUUGAAAGAUUUUAUUUGUUUUUUUAAAAACACCUAAUCUAGGCAAAAAUAAUGGGGGUUUAGUUACAUUAUAUGAUCAUACAUUGCAUAAGCCUGCCACAACGUCAAUGUACCCCAUCUUUGGCAGGUCCUACACUAACAGCCUAAUGUCUGCUCUUAUGAGAUUAACCUACUUGGGGAAAGAAAUUCCAUCUGGGGCUCUCUGCAGUACAAGGCUAAAUAGGGCCCUGGGAUGAGGCACCUGUGACAGGGAGGGGUGCAAAACCAAGGAGCUGGCUAGACUCCCAAAUAUAUAUAAAACAAGAGGGGGUUGGCUGCACUCACCUUAACAUGCAUAAAUGGGGGUGCUGCUGGGGGCCAAAUAAUACAAUACACAAGAUCCAGCGCACUCACCUAUCCACUAAACAGCAACUUCAAUGUUGAAAGAUUUUAUUUGUUUUUUUAAAAACACCCAAUCUAGGCAAAAAUAAUGGGGGUUUAGUUACAUUAUAUGAUCAUACAUUGCAUAAGCCUGCCACAACGUCAAUGUACCCCAUCUUUGGCAGGUCCUACACUAACAGCCUAAUGUCUGCUCUUAUGAGAUUAACCUACUUGGGGAAAAAAUUCCAUCUGGGGCUCUCUGCAGUACAAGGCUAAAUAGGGCCCUGGGAUGAGGCACCUGUGACAGGGAGGGGUGCAAAACCAAGGAGCUGGCUAGACUCCCAAAUAUAUAUAAAACAAGAGGGGGUUGGCUGCACUCACCUUAACAUGCAUAAAUGGGGGUGCUGCUGGGGGCCAAAUAUAUUAUUGGCUGACCUAAAUAAGACAAAUAAAAUAUUUCUGUCUUAAGUAACACCUGGAAAAAUUACCGAAGUAGAAAAUAAAAUAAAUUAACAAGUUAUUGAAAGACUAAUAAAUAAAAAAAUUAGAAAUACAGCAAGCCAAUUUCUACUUUUCCGGAUAAAAAGCUGAUAAAUUAUUAUCGAACAAAAUAAAGGUGAGAUGAACUAGUUUCCUCAUAAAGAAAAUUAAGCACGGGCAGGAGAUUCUCCUAGCCCCUAAAGCUAUAAGUUUAGCCUUAAAAAGUGUCUAUCAGAAUUUGUACAAUCUUCCAGAUUAUUCCUCUAAAGACAUGUUAAAUUACUAUUUCCAAAAUAAGAAGCUUACCUCACGUUCUUUACAACUAAAAUUACUGAAUACAAAAAAUAACAUCUGAUGAAACAAUAGCAGUAAUCAACACCAUGAAAAGGAAUAAAGCCCCAGGCCCUGAUGGCUUUCUUGACUUAUUUUAUUGUCUUUACAAGGAAUUACUUACCCCUAAAUUGGUAGAGUGCUUUAAUUCUUUCACAAAUUCUGGGUCAGUGCCUAAGGAAAUGUUAAAGGCAAACAUUACACCUAUUUUGAAACAACAUAAGCUAUAGACCAAUAGCCCUACUAAACGUAGACUAUAAGAUCUAUGCAUCCAUUUUAAGUAACAGAGUUAAGAAAGUAAUCCCGAGUAUAAUAUCAGACGACCAAGUUGGGUUUGUCUCAGAAAGAUCAGCCACAAACCACAUUAGUAAAAUUAAUAAUAUAUACCAGUGUAUUCACUCCCCUUUUCUCAUGUUCGCUCUCAAUGGAGAAAAGGCCUUUGAUAGAGUAAAUUGGAACUUUAUUAGAUCAACUCUAACAGCCUUUGUUUUUUUUUAAGGAAAUAUUGUAUCAGCAGUAAUGGCAUUAUAUUCUUCCCCAUCCAGUAGAAUUGCGGGUUCUGCUUUAGUCAGAUUCGUUUGUGAUAUAAAAUGGCACUCGUCAGGGAUGUCCACUUUCUCCCUUACUAUACAUCUUAGCCGCAGAGCCUAUAGCCUUUGAUAUCCGAUUCAAUCCAGAAAUACAAAACAAAAAAUAGAGUUCUUAAAAUCAGCCAAUAUACUGACGAUACACUCUUGACUCUCUCAGAACCUAGUACAUCAGUGCAGGAGGCAAUGACAACAAUAAAACAUUAUAGUUAACUUUCAAAGUACAAACUAAAUGUAGAGAAAACUAUUGCAAUGCCUAUGAAUAUAAAUAAAGAUAUACUUAACCACUUAAAUAAGGAAUGUAGUUUUAAAUGGGAGAAAAAGUCAUAUAGAUAUCUAGGUAUAAACAUUUCUAAUCAACCUUCGAAAUUAAUGGAGGACAAUUUUCCACCCCUACUAAGGGAAAUAAAUCAAAAUCUGAAACGAUGGAGAGCACUUGAAAUAUCUUGGUGGGGCAGACUUAAUACUAUUAGAUCCUAUGUCUUUCCCAAAUGUAUCCGUCUGUUAAGGAUGAUACCAAUGAAUAUUCCACUACCAUGGAUAAAAUUGCUGAACAAUGCAUUCAGCAAUUUUAUAUGGCUCAAAAAGAAACCAAGGGUUAGAAUAAACUUUAUUUAUUUAAAUAAAAAACAGGGGGGUAUAGGUUUACCUAAUGUCUUUCUGUAUCAACGUGCGGCCCUUUUUAUGCAUACUCUUUCAAUGAUAAAGAAAGACAAUGAUUCACAUGCUUGGUAUGAAAUUGAAGAAAGCUCAAUUAUCCCUCCAAAUAGCUUGAUUAAAGUCCUGUGGCCAAUAAAAAGCUCAGCUGGAGUACAUAAGUCAGACCCCUCCCGACUACCAAUCAGGAGCACCUACUACUUCAGUUAUCAGUCUACACACAAGCCAGCACAGGUUAGGGAACUGUACAGCUAUUUUCUAGAGCGGAUUGGCUCAAUUUGGGCAAAAUUAAGACGUAACCAUUUUACAAAUCGCUGCCUUUCUAUGCUCUAUCAGAGCUGAUCAAGGGGAGCUCUGAAUACCACCAGCUUUGUAGUAGUGCACAGUUCUGGUGAUGCUUACAGUGACCCAUCACAAGUGAGUUUCACAUGUUAGAACACUGACUUCAUAAGAAUUACUAGUACCAGUGCGGAGUAACACAUAAAUAAUUCUGUGUUUUGCUUCCCAAAGGACUCCGAAAAUGGUGGUGACAGUGGAUGUCCUAGUGAAAAGAGAAGUGAAUCUGAUGAAAUGGAACCUCGGGUAAGAUUUUUAUUGACAUUGACAAAAAAUACAAACCGCAAUUAAAUAGGAAUGGUAACCUCUCCUAUCUCUUUCAAGCUUAAUAACCAUCUGAAAACUUAAAGUUGUCUGCGAUUUGAACGAUUUUUUUUUCUUCUUGCAUAAUAUUAAUGAUAUGUGAUGCUAUUAAGGCACAGCCUGGCAUACAACGCAAAUCACGCCAUAUGCGAGCAGUUCUAACUAUGGCUGUGCCAAUUGCUACCCAUCACUAGUUUAUUGUCUGCAUUUGGUAGAACACUCUGUUUAUCUAUUGGAGGAUUAAGCAUAUGUCUCUGUUUGCGGUGUAGCAUCCUCACAAUUACGGUAGAAGACGCCUUGAAUCAGAAUCUGAAGACAGUUUUGGAAAGGUAAAUUGUUUAACUUUUUCAAAACAGAUUACCUUUACUGACCUUUUCCUCUCAUUCUAUCAUCCUUCAUUCUGCCUUGUAUCAAAACAGCAGUACUAGCUAAUAAAAUGUCUAUAUAGGAUAUGGUUCCUCUUUUUAUUAUUUUCAUAGUUAUAUGACAUCCAUAAGUAAAUGUUUGGCCAGGAUGUAAAUAGACUAUUUAACGUAAAAACCUGGAAGAAGGUCAUAAUGGCUUACAGAUAGGACCCUACCAAGUGCAAUUCUUUCUAAAUUAGUUACAGGAGAUGGCUUGCCCGCCAGAUACGACAAGUAGCAGACUAAGAGGUCUGGGCGGAGAGAGACAUAAAAAGUUGGAUGAGACCAGGGAUUAGGGAUAUCCGAGACAUUAGGAUAUUUUUUGACCAUCCACUACAAAGUAGGUAGCUACAAAACAGGGCAGUUGGGAGUUACAUAGGCUAAAUAUUACAGUGAAUACUAUGAAUUUUUACCACUAAGAGGAAAUUGAAGUUUAUCACAUGUUCUAGUUUGACGUUGUACCCAUGUAUAUUACAUAGUCCUGUAUUUAACUGGGUACAUAUACAAUAUAAUUAAACUGUCAUUGCAGUUCCUUUUUUCUGUAACUCAGAUUUUAUUCAAUUUUAAAAUAACAAUGUGCAAUAACAAGGUAUAAUAGAGUCAAACUAAUGUAAAACCAAAGGUCAGGGUGAAUUGCAGCUAAAUUUUGAUUGAAUUCUAGUUCCUACUUUCUACAGUAAGUUUACGCCUUGUUGACUUCAGCAAAUAGUGGGCUCUGUAGCUACUGUAACCACAUUUUAAUUAGAAACCUAGAAUGUGACGGCAGAUUAGAACCAUUCGGCCCAUCUAGUUUGCUCAAUUUUCUAAAUACUUUCAUUAGUCCCUAGCCUUAUCUUAUAGUUAGGAUAACCUUAUGUCUAUCCCACGCAUGCGUAAACUCCCUCACUGUGUUAACCUCUACCACUUCAGCUGGAAGGCUAUUCCAUGCAUCCACUACCCUAUCAGUAAAGUAAUACUUCCUGAUAUUAUUUUUAAACCUUUACCCCUCUAAUUUGAGACUAUGGCCUCUUGUUGUGGUAGUUUUUCUUAAUUUAGUAAAUUAUCUCAGAUUUUUCAAAUUGGCAAAGUUCCCUUUAAUGGGAAAGUUCAUCAUAUUUAGCUGAAAAUAUUGUGUGGUUGUUCGCUAAUAAUUAACACUCUAAAACUGCUUGGUUCUCUGUGAGUAGCCUACUUUAAUAAAGAUAGCAGUGGUUCAGAAAUUAAGCCAAGAUAGUAGAACGUGUCCACCAUUUUGUAAUCGACAAAAUCCAAAUUUUUCUGAGAAUAUUACAUUUAUUAGCGUUUGUUCAGUAUAAACUAAUUUUAAAUCCCUAGUACUGCUGAUUUUACUUCCUGUUCUAUCUGUUUCUUAACACUUCACCACAUCCUUUUCUAAUCUUUUUUUCUCCAAUUAGAGCAAAGGUGUUGUAAAUAAGGCCUAUCUCAUCUCUAGAAACAGCCCCAGGAGUAAACUGGUGAUUUUGCAUGGACCUCUGUCAGUUUCCCAUGAUUCUCUGCUUUUAUUACCAGUCGAUUUCCCAGCAUCCUUUAAUUGCACAUGGUUGGAUGGCUUCAUAUCCUUAAGAUCCACACGAUUGGGAAGUGAUCUAGCCAACAUUAUGGAGUUAAUCUCAUGUAUAGUUUUUAUAUUCAAACUACCUCAGCUGUGUUACUUUGUAGAGAUUAAAUGUGUUGCCACUGCCUAGUGUUUUACCAACCUGUAUAUGAUCUACGAUUUACAUUACAACAAUUAAAAUGUUGUAUAGAUAUUUUUUGGCGGGGGAAAAUUUUUUUUUAAAAACUUUGCCCUUUUCCCCAACGACAUUAUGAUGCAACAUGCAUACCCGAUAUUAAAAAACAAAAAACACAACUUGUUUUCUAUAAUUUGCUAGAAAGUGCAUAGUAUGCCCAUACAAUUUUAUUAGAGUCUCUCGGUCUGACAGAUACCAUUUAAAUUUAAUGCUACUCUAAAUCAUAUAAUGGCUUACAGAUAGAAGUUGCUAAAUGUAUUUGAAAUCCCAGGAAGAAGUCCAGAAAUCUAUCUACUGAUUAUUUAUUAAUUAUCCUUUUUAAGAAAAAAAAUAAUCCUUUCUAGCCAUCCAACCAUGGUGCGGAAAAGACAUAAAUUCUUAAUUUGCAUUCUUUGUUAGGUUAACCCAAUAAUAACCUUUAUCCCGAGGAAUAUCUUACUGCUUCACACAGGUUCUUCACAGCCGAGGCCAGUGAUGGGAAACCUGGCCAAUAUCCCCUUUCACAGAUGGAAUCUUUGCACAUACAAUCACACAACAGACCAGUGAUUGGUACUGCAGAUAUUUGUGGGAUGUGUAUUUUCCAGUCUUUCAGUUCAUAACUCACAAACAACUGCAGUACCAAGCAUAGUCAACAGUACAGAAGAUUUAAACGGCAUUCUGCGGCAAUAGAAACGGUGCUUUAUUCAGUGAAAUAGGGGCCUAUCUGUGUCCGUAAAGAAAUAAAGCACUAUUUAUUUACCCUGCCAGAGUGCCCGAUUCUGUUAUGUUAAUGAUCCAUACAGUUAUUUUGCAUGUGCUUGCUGGAGUGCAGUUGAGCAUAUUACAAAGAAACCUGUUCUACUACUUGGCAUUAACGGCGUUAAACCGAGCUCAAGGUUUGUCUAUACUUGUGUGUGCAAUAAAGCACGCCUCUGUGUCUGCCACAUUUCUACACACAGCGGUAUAUCGGAUUUUGAUGCUUGUGAUAGAUUUGCUCUAAACGCGAAUAGGAUAGUUGCAUGGAGAAACAGUGGCAGGGUGGUUAUUGCCCUCACCCACGUAACCUAGGAAUUGAUUUAAUCACGAGCAUGGUGACGUCCAAUACAUUGUAUAAGGCUUUGUCACAAUCCAGGUUCCAAUUUUUCCGGGGAGUUUUGUGCACAUCUGAUCGCUGGGCAUUAUGAGAUGUUUAGUUUUAUCAAAUGGACAGUGUGAGAUGAAUGAAAAUCACAGUGCAGUUUCAUUUAGAUUGCGGAGUAGUUUAAUUCAGGGAUUUUCCCCUCCAUUAAUAAUGAAGCUAGAGUUAUGCUGCUUGUUUUUAAGCAUGAAAAGUGUGUAUUAUUCAAUCUGUGUUGACACACUGGCAUAAUAAAAAAUAUACAUAUAUAUAUAUACAAUAUCUGUUGAUGUGUCAUAUUUUCUUUUUUUGCAACUUGAUAGCCAUGUCCUAGAAUUCCUAAGCUUAUAUUGAACUUACUUGAACUAAGUUCAAGUGGCUCUGUAGAGCAGCGCUAAAUGCGAGUUGACGGAGUUUGAUGGGAAUUGUAACACUUGUUGUACUGUAGAAAGCAUAUGCUUGCUUUAUAUAGACCUCUAAGAUUACAUCUCCUAACUGACUCAUUUUAUUAACACAUUUUAGGUCACAGUGGAGAAAUGGAACCAGUUUCACGCAGCUCGUGUCCACAUUCACCGACCUUCCUGUGUCGCAGUGGAAGUCCAACGCCUGAACGCUUUAGAACUUGAGAAGAAGAUUGGAAAAUCUAUCCUUGGGAAGGUAGAGUGUUGCAUUCAUAAUCAGAAUGAAAGCAAUAUUUAUCAAUGAAAUGUUGUUUUUUGUUUGUUUUUUUUGUUUGUUUUUUUUAAACUUCUCUCUUAAUUGAAAACAGUUGCUUGCCAUCUUUGUUACAGGUUCACUUGGCUAUGGUGCGUUAUCAUGAAGCUGGACGCCUUUGUGAGAAAGAUCAGGAAUGGGAUCACGAUUCUGCAAUUUUUCACCUCGAACACGCAGCUAAUCUCGGAGAACUGGAAGCCAUCAUUGGCCUUGGACUCAUGUAUUCUCAGUUGUCCCAUCACAUACUCACCGACAUCUCUGUGCCGGUAAAGCAAUAAAUGUGAAACUAUUAAAAUAUAUAUAUAUAUUUAAAAUUAUCUCUAUUUUAUAGACAAUGCAUUACAAAAUAUGUGCAAAAGAAUGGGUAGGGGUGGAUAAUUUCAAAGCUCUUAAAGCUACACAAUGGAGAGAUGCUGUCUGACUCUACAGACAGACUCCUACCUUACCAGGAAAUGGCUCCACCAAUCAGGAGCCUCUCAUUCUAGUCUGAGUUAUAAUGUAGUUCCUGCCCAUUCCACAUCUUCCAUCAUUUACACACAGCCCGGUUCACAAUGUUUUCUGCGCAUGCUUGUUGCGUACACAUGAUCCAGCCGUGGUGUCUGUUAACACUGAAAGUGUUUUUAUUUAGAACUAAGUGCAUUUGAGUAUUAAGAAUGCAGUGACCGGCUCCUUGAAUCAUAACCUAACCCAUUUAAAACUUUGCAUGCCACAAUGGUGAGCAAUACUCUCUUAUCCUCAAAGGAGUUUAUGCAUUAAACACUGAGAGGUAGUUACCUGACAACAAAUGUACAAACAUAACAAAUGUUUCCAGCUCUGGAACUGUAACAUCAUUAUAUCUGUAUAGUGAAUGAAUCCCAAAGGGUUAAAAUUCUGAGACUAUAUUGAUGUUCUAGUAAGAGCUACUGCUACUGUAAAAAAUGUUAGUGCUCUUAUUAAAGUGCACCUGUCUCUGUCAUCAUUCCUGUAUAUAUCUCUCAUCAUAAAGUUAAAUUAUACAUUUAGUUUAGGGUUUACUUACCUACUUUCCACCCAUAAAGCUCCACCCUGAUUGGAGGUCUGAGAGCGGUCUGUGCCAUGAUGUUGGCACGGUGGCUUAUUGCUAGUCUAUGUGAACAAAGUGACACCUGCUGCUUAAUUUCUCUAUUACCCCGGCAAAUGCAAGCUUGCUGUAGGAUUAUCUCUGGAAACAGAAAGCAUGCCCUGUAGUUGCUGUCCAACAAGCAGGAGAGCCACCUUUGUUCUCCUCUGUCACUCAGUUCUGAAUAUAGACUUCGAUGCCUUCAAUAGCUCAGUGCUGUCAGUAUUGAAGUCUAGGCCAAGAAUUGAUUGACAGGUAGGGGAAGGACUUCACUUUUAAACCGUUUUUUACUUAAAAUCUUUAUAUUUCCUUGCAUUUUUCCCAACUCCACGUGUAAUAUUUUUAUGUUAUACAGUUUAACCCUGAAUUCUGUGUGCCAGGAUAGGUACAUAUAAAUUCACUUGCAGUAAUAAUAGAAGAUAAUAAUCUGUACAUUCCUUGGACAUUCCUGAUCUGUCAUAAAUACAUAUGAAAGGGUUAAAGGUGUUUUUAAAAAAUGAUGCUACCCUACACGGGUAAGCCUGCAGGUUGGAUGCCACUUUACUUGAAGUAAUUUUAUACUCAUGAAAGACUGAACAAUGUUUAUUUACAGAGGAUGUUAGCUUAAUGUAAGCAGUGGCAUUGCCCUAUUUGUUUGCAUGGGUUACACAACAUUUUACCUACAUUGCUCUGAGACCUGCCCUCUACAGCAUAUGUUAUGUUUAUAAAUGUAAUUAGCAUAAUAAAAAAAGAAAAUUGGUUCUGUCCCUUUAAGUGCCUGCCAUGGCUCCUUACAGUGCUUGAUGAACAGUGUUUGUCUUUGUGAAUGGUUUAGAAUUAGUUAGCAGUGUGUGCUUCAAUCAUACGAGUUAGACUAGACACUGGCUAACUGCCUGGCAGUUACAGAACUAUGAUUCCCAUCAUGCUUGGUAAAUCCCUAGUAUGCCCAUUCAAUGGCCAUGCAUUCUUUCAGCGGGACAUUUACAACGGUGAAAGAGCUAUUUGUCAGGUAGAAGAAUAGCAAAGUCUGGUGAAAAAUACCAUUCAGUGACCAUGAGUUAUUUAUGUUUGUUUUAUUUUUUAUUUUUCUUGGACAAAGGACACAGAGGAGAACAGAAUUAAAGGAUUUAAUUAUUUGUUGAUAUCAGCAGAAGCUGGAGAUCGACCUUCAAUGAUUCAUGUGGCUCGAGCAUAUGAUACCGGUAUAAACUUGGGAUCAGACAGGUAAGAAACUACUGCAAUAUUUUAGACUAUUUGAUAGCAGCUGUAUAUUGACAUCAUGAACACUGACGUGCAUCCAGUGACAUCAUUAUCUUGGCUUCACUAUGUCAGGAUGACAUCUUCCCAGCACUAGUUCCAUGUGAGAAAGUACUCCCCCUUAAACCUACCUUCGAACAUGCUAUAGAACCUAGAACUUAACAGUAUUGAAAAGUACACUGCUCAAAAAAAUAAAGGGAACACAAAAAUAACACAUCCUAUAUCUGAAUGAAUUAAAUAUUCUUCUGAAAUACUUUGUUCUUUACAUAGUUGAAUGUGCUGACAACAAAAAUCACACACAAAUAAAAAAAUGGAAAUCAACUUUUUCAACCCACGGAGGUCUGGAUUUGGAGUCACACUCAAAAUUAAAGUGGAAAAACACACUAGUGGCUGAUCCAACUUUGAUGUAAUGUCCUUAAAACAAGUCAAAAUGAGGCUCCGUAGUGUUUGUGGCCUCCACGUGCCUGUAUGACCUCCCUACAAUGCCUGUGCAUGCUCCUGAUGAGGUGGCGGAUGGUCUCCUGAGGGAUCAUGCUGGAGGAUGUUGCAGGCAGCAGAACGUUCUCCACGGCGUCUCCAGACUCUGUCACAUGUGCUCAGUGUGAACCUGCUUUCAUCUAUGAAGUGGCGAAUUUGCCAAUCUUGGUGUUCUCUGUCAAAUGCCAAACGUUCUGCACGGUGUUGGGCUGUAAGCACAACCCCCAUCUGUGGAUGUCGGGCCCUCAUACCACCCUCAUGGAGUCUGUUUCUGACCAUUUGAGCAGACACAUGUACAUUUGUGGCCUGCUGGAGGUCAUUUUGCAGGGCUCUGGCAGUGCUCCUCCUGUUCCUCCUUGCACAAAGGCGGAAGUAGCUGUCCUGACGCUGGGUUGUUGCCCUCCUACGGCCUCCUCCACGUCUCCUGUACUGGCCUGUCUCCUGGUAGCGCCUCCGUGCUCCGGACACUAUGCUGACAGACACAGCAAAUUUUCUUGCUACAGCUCGCAUUGAUGAUCCAUCCUGGAUGAGCUGCACUACCUGAGCCACUUGUGUGGGUUGUAGACUCCGUCUCAUGCUACCACUAGAGUAAAAGCACUGCCAGCAUUCAAAAGUGACCAAAAUAUCAGCCCGGAAGCAUAGGAACUGAGAAGUGGUCUGUGGUCACCACCUGCAGAACCACUCCUUUAUUGGGGGUGUCUUGCUAAUUGCCUAUAAUUUCCACCUGUUGUCUAUCCCAUUUGCACAACAGCAUGUGAAAUUGAUUGUCCCUCAGUGUUGCUUCCUAAGUGGACAGUUUGAUUUCACAGAAGUGUGAUUGACUUGGAGUUACAUUGUGUUGUUUAAGUGUUCCCUUUAUUUUUUUGAGCAGUGUAUUUCCUGUUUCGGAUACGGCUGUCCUACGUAGAUGUAUAAGUAUGAUAGGAAGCAAAAAGUGUUUUUACAGCUUACACUUGUUUUAGUCCUACAGACUAUAUAGUGAAAUUGGAUACUGUUCUCUCUGCAGGUUGCAGGACUGGGAGCAGGCUCUGUUCUGGUAUAAUUCUGCGCUGAACAUGACCGAUUAUGACGAGGGAGGAGAAUAUGAUGGAACUCAGGAUGAGCCCAAGUACAUGCUGCUGGCCAGGGAAGCUGAGAUGCUGGUGGCAGGCGGGUAUAACUUGGAGAAAGAUCCACAGAAAGCUGGUGAGAUAUACACUACAUAAUAUAACUCCCUUUGUGUCCAGUUUUGUGUAGUAUAUUUAAACAAGCAAGAACAGCUUCGGUUGAAUUAAAGCCCCCUUUAUCCUUGGCCAGAGCCUGGAUAAUUUUAGUAUAAAGGGGGGAAAAAGUGCAGCUGCAGUUGGUCUUGCGCGUCUAUAGAAUGGUGUUUCAUCCUACUCAACUUCAUUAUACUCAUUAGACAUAAAAAUGGUGACAAUUACAAGGACGCAGUAAGCACAAUAAACUUCUUAAUGUUGUAGUUUUUGGUGCAUAUGCCUUGUCCCUCCUGUCUGACCUAUGGAAACAUUGCAGUAAGUGAGAAACUGUAAUGUGUAAAUUUUAUGUGUAUUGUAUUGGGUGCCUCUAGUGGCAGUCGAACAGAGAGCAACCAGAAGCACUUCUUCAUAAAGACUAUGAGGAAAAGCCUUCGUGUUUGAUAUUUUGUUUUAAAAAAAUGAGGGGCAUGCUAAGUAAAGGAACACUCUAAAAUUACAAAGAAAUAUUUUUUAAUGUUAGCGUAUUCUUUUAAGUAAAUGAAUACCCCACUUUCUCUUCCUUCAGUAUCAUCCGAUCCAUGUAAUUAUUCGGGUGUGAGCAGGAGUAGGCAUGAGAGACACUGUCCCCUAAGCUGGACUCCUAUCCAGCAUGUGUCUCCCAUAGGGCUAUGCAAACAUGUCAGUUGUCAGGAACUCAAAAAUAUAUUUUUAAAGGGUCAUUCUAACCACGAUAAUAAGCACUGUGGCACAUUUUGAAUUUAUAUUUAAUUUUUGACAUAAUGAACUGUAAUAAACUUGAUAUUUUUAUUCUCUCCAGUCCAUUCCUCAGUAAAUAUCAAACAUAUUCUGUGCAGUCUAAAAGCAGCAGAUGACUAUGCUUGCCCAAUAUCAGAAUUUAAAGAACACUCCAGACACCUAAAGUACAUCAGCUCGCGGGGGUUCUGUAUGUGUCUGGAGCCUGUCAUAUAUGUCCGAUAUCAAUAGAAAUCUGCACUGGUUUAAUAUGACCGGCUCUGACCGUGCAUAAAACAGUAGAAUUAUCAUAUUAUUUUGGCACUGCAUGCCCGUUGCUCGGUCCUUACAAGUUGUCAUUUCUGAUGUUUUAAUUUCCUUUUCUUUAGGUGAUCUGUACACAGAGGCCGCUGAAUCGGCCAUGGAGGCCAUGAAAGGCAGACUGGCCAAUCAGUACUAUCAGAAGGCAGAGGAGGCCUGGGCACUCAUGGAAGAGUAG